CAGUCUCUGAGGUUGGCUUGAGGUUGCGUAAUGACGCAGCCCGUUGACGCGAGGGAACGACAGAGGUGGGGCCAGCGAUUGGCGCUGUCAAGCCCAGCUCAGAAUCGUGAGGGGGAAGAACGUCGAGGCGCAGGCAGUUUAGGCAAGUUCCCUGUUGUGGAAAAGGAGCAAAGCUGCAGAAGUGAUUGACAAGGUCUUAGGGUCUGGCGUGUUUGUGCCUUUUCUUUUUGACCCCAUCAUGAAUUGUUGAAGCAUAUGUAACCAAGGAGCCUGUGUGCUGCCGAACAAAAAUGUUUCACUUAAGGACUUGUGCUACUAAAUUGAGGCCUCUGACAGCCUCACAGACUGUUAAGACAAUUUCUCAAAACAAGCCAGCAGCACCAAGGACGUUUCAACAAAUCAGGUGCUAUAGUGCACCUGUUGCUGCUGAGCCAUUUUUGAGUGGGACUAGUUCAAACUAUGUGGAGGAAAUGUACUAUGCUUGGUUGGAAAAUCCCAAAAGUGUACAUAAGUCAUGGGACAUAUUCUUUCGCAAUGCCAAUGCUGGAGCUGCUCCAGGUACUGCUUACCAAAGCCCCCCUCCGUUAAGUACCAGCCUAUCAACACUGACACAUGCACAAUCUUUGGUUCAAGCACAGCCGAAUGUAGAUAAACUGGUGGAAGAUCAUCUUGCAGUUCAGUCUCUUAUUAGGGCAUAUCAGAUUCGAGGGCAUCAUGUAGCACAGCUCGACCCACUGGGCAUCUUGGAUGCUGAUCUGGACUCCUCCGUUCCAGCCGAUAUUAUCACUUCCACAGAUAAACUGGAUCUUGCAGUAUUCAAGGAGCGGCUGAGAGUGCUAACAGUAGGAGGGUUUUAUGGCCUGGACGAAUCGGACCUUGACAAGGUCUUUCACUUGCCCACUACCACUUUCAUUGGAGGAAAUGAAUCUGCUCUCCCACUUCGGGAAAUCAUCCGGCGUUUAGAGAUGGCCUAUUGCCAGCACAUUGGUGUAGAAUUCAUGUUUAUUAAUGAUCUGGAGCAGUGCCAAUGGAUAAGGCAGAAGUUUGAGACGCCUGGUGUCAUGCAGUUCAGUAGUGAGGAGAAGCGCACCCUGCUGGCUAGACUAGUCCGGUCAACCAGAUUUGAAGAAUUCCUGCAUAGGAAAUGGUCAUCCGAGAAGCGGUUUGGUUUGGAAGGCUGUGAGGUGCUGAUCCCUGCCUUAAAGACAAUAAUUGACAAGUCAAGCGAGAAAGGAGUGGAUUAUGUUAUCAUGGGAAUGCCUCAUAGAGGGCGUCUGAAUGUGCUUGCGAAUGUUAUCAGAAAAGAGUUGGAGCAAAUUUUCUGCCAAUUUGAUUCCAAGCUGGAGGCUGCAGAUGAGGGUUCAGGGGAUGUAAAAUAUCAUUUGGGAAUGUACCACCGGAGAAUUAAUCGUGUCACUGACCGGACCAUUACCCUUUCACUGGUUGCAAAUCCAUCUCACUUGGAGGCUGCUGAUCCUGUAGUUCAGGGCAAGACAAAGGCAGAACAAUUUUAUUGUGGGGACACUGAAGGGAAGAAAGUGAUGUCCAUCCUUUUGCAUGGAGAUGCUGCCUUUGCUGGGCAAGGUAUAGUUUACGAGACAUUUCACUUGAGUGACCUGCCUUCCUAUACAACAUAUGGAACUGUUCAUGUGGUAGUGAAUAACCAGAUCGGAUUCACUACUGACCCUCGUAUGGCUCGUUCUUCUCCAUACCCAACGGAUGUGGCCCGGGUGGUUAAUGCACCCAUUUUUCAUGUUAAUGCUGAUGACCCGGAGGCUGUGGUAUAUGUAUGCAAUGUGGCAGCUGAAUGGCGAAGUACUUUCCACAAAGAUGUAGUGGUGGAUCUGGUAUGCUACAGGCGAAAUGGGCACAAUGAGAUGGAUGAGCCAAUGUUCACCCAGCCACUGAUGUACAAGCAGAUCCGAAAGCAGAAGCCUGUGCUGCAGAAAUAUGCUGAGACACUAAUUUCACAAGGAGUGGUAAAUCAGCCCGAGUAUGAGGAGGAAAUUUCCAAGUAUGACAAGAUCUGUGAAGAGGCCCAUGCCAGGUCCAAGGAUGAGAAAAUCCUUCACAUCAAGCAUUGGCUAGAUUCUCCAUGGCCUGGUUUCUUCACUCUGGAUGGUCAACCCAGAAGCAUGACCUGUCCUUCCACUGGUUUGAAUGAAGAAGAUUUGGUUCAUAUAGGAACAGUGGCCAGCUCAGUGCCUGUUGAAAACUUCACAAUUCAUGGUGGUUUAAGCAGGAUUCUGAAAACACGUGGAGAGAUGGUUAACAAUAGGACAGUAGACUGGGCCUUAGCAGAGUACAUGGCAUUCGGCUCUCUCCUUAAAGAGGGAAUCCACAUCCGACUGAGUGGACAGGAUGUUGAGAGAGGGACAUUCAGCCAUCGGCACCAUGUCUUACAUGAUCAAAAUGUUGACAAGAGGACCUGUAUUCCCAUGAACCACCUGUGGCCAAACCAAGCUCCAUAUACAGUCUGCAACAGCUCUCUCUCUGAGUAUGGAGUGCUAGGAUUUGAACUAGGCUUUGCUAUGGCCAGCCCCAACGCUUUAGUGGUGUGGGAAGCCCAGUUUGGCGACUUCCACAAUACAGCUCAGUGUAUUAUUGAUCAGUUCAUCUGCUCUGGACAAGCCAAAUGGGUGAGACAAAACGGCAUCGUACUGCUGCUACCCCAUGGCAUGGAGGGCAUGGGUCCCGAGCACUCUUCUGCCAGACCAGAGCGAUUCCUGCAAAUGUGCAAUGAUGAUCCAGAUGUCUUCCCGAAACUAGAUGACUUUGAUGUACGCCAGCUGUAUGACUGCAAUUGGAUUGUAGUGAACUGCUCCACGCCAGCAAACUUUUCCCAUGUUAUGCGGAGGCAGAUUCUUCUCCCCUUUCGGAAGCCGCUAAUAGUCUUCACUCCAAAGUCUCUGUUGCGUCACCCAGAAGCUCGUUCCAGCUUUGAUGACAUGUUGCCAGGCACUCAUUUCCAGCGUGUCAUCCCAGAAAAUGGUCCUGCUGCACAGAAUCCAGAGGGGGUGAAGCGAGUUCUCUUCUGCACUGGUAAAGUCUACUAUGAUCUCACUCGAGAGCGAAAGACCCGGGAGAUGGAAGCAGAUGUGGCAGUCACAAGGGUGGAACAGCUAUCGCCAUUCCCCUUUGAUCUCCUGUUGAAGGAAUUCCAUAAAUACCCAAAUGCAGACUUGGUCUGGUGUCAGGAAGAGCACAAAAAUCAAGGAUAUUAUGAUUAUGUGAAGCCUAGACUCCGCACAACCAUCGACCGUGCAAAGCCAGUGUGGUAUGCUGGGCGUGAACCUGCUGCUGCACCAGCUACAGGCAACAAAAAGAAUCAUCUGACUGGACUGCAGCGCUUCUUGGACACUGCCUUCAACCUCGACUCUUUCAAGGGCUUGUUUUAGAUACACUUGGAACUGGUUCCGCAGCGCACUGUGUGUGUGUUUCUCUGUCUGCUCAUUUUCUUUCUAUGUCCUUAACUAUAGACCUUGUAAGCAAACGUAAGGCGCCUGUUAUUAAUCUCUUCUUUGCUGUUGAGGAACUGCCUCUUCAGUGAUCCAGAAUGCUUGUGUUAAGGUUUUAUCUUCUGCGUGCUGCAGACUUCUGGAACAGCGUGAUGUUACUCCAUGUCCUUUUUGAAAUCCCUGGGACUAGCCAGCUCCAGUCCCCAGAAUGAGAGUUUUGGAGGGACUGGUAUUUGCCUUCCAAACAUGUGUCUCUGUUUUGAGACACUGAUGACUCCAUAUAAUGCCUAAAUUAUUGUUCCCAACCCGACAGUGAUUCAGGAGGCAGGCAUUGCUUUGGAAUCACAAAAACAAAUGUGCCUACCUGGAGGGGCAAGAGGUAUGACAGUCUUUUCAUUCUCCUUGAUGAAAGAAAGGUUGAUCUGGUACAGUUCUUCAAUUGUGUGGUAAGAUUCCCUUUCCUGAAGCAUCACAUUCCUAGCACUGAAAAUCCUGGGCUAGCACCUUAAAUCACUGCUGCUGUUUCCUGUGGUUUAGCAGCCUAGCAUUACCUAUACUGAAUGCACACAGACAGUCUAAACUCAGGCAUUCUUCCAGAAGGAUUUCCCCUCUUUUAAUGAAGAUGUUAAAACUCAGUCAGCCACUGAUCUGGUUUCUGAUUUAUUCUUUUAAAGCUGCAGCCAUUUGUAAUCCUAUAUCUCAUCCUGGAUAGCAACCUAUUAUAUAUUGGAACCUAAAGAAUCUGUUACACAGUCACCAUAGCCACUUCUGUAUGGGCUUCUAGGUUUGCUGUGCUUUUGGGUGCUGACUCUGUACCUAAUGAAAGGUAUACUUGGGAAUUGUUAAAUUCACUGGGUUCCCAUGAACUAAUGUUUUGUAUGGGGAAACCAUGAGAUAGAUGCUUAGAUUACACUAAAGUGCAUCGUUGCUGUUGACUAAUACUACAUCAAGAGCAAAAGUUGCAUUUGAGACUCUCCUAUCACUUGAAGAGAAGGAAUUUUUCCCCUUUGUGGGUCAUACUCAUGUUGCACAUUUUUUUCUGAGUUUUGGACAAAUGGGAUCCACCUUUGCUGCACACUUGUUUCAAAAAAUACUUCCAUAAUGAUUAUUUCAGUGUUUACUGGGAGUUUUGCAAUUUUUUUAAGAACUACUUGUGCAGUUAGCAGAUGAAGUAAUUUUUUUUAAAAAAUCUCUCCAUGCAAAACUUUUUGAUGAGGCCUGAAUCAACUACUUGGCAUAAUUGAUAUAUAACCUGCUAGAAAAAUGCUUGUAUUGGUGUCUCUGAUCUGCACUUAGCUUUCUGUCAAGAUAAAUACUUGUCUCAGAAGGCUCAAACAAGGAUGUAAAAACAGGUCCUGUUUCCUUGUCGCUGGAUAGAAGUGAGUCCUACCCUAUGUUAUCCUAGCUCUAUGGGCUUUAGACUGUGUGAGCAGAGGUUAGGGUUGUGUGCACUUUUGAUUGUAGGAGUAACUUACACCUACUUCUCAUCGGCUUUCUCCUGAAUUACACAGCUUCUCAAGCACAGCCCAGUUUUGGAGGGGUGAGGUGGGGAACCCUUGGUGAAACCAGUUGUAUGUUGUGACUGUAACCAAAAGGUUUUUGAGUAGAUUCAAACAUCCUUUCUGCGAACCUAACUUUUGUUGUUGUAGCCUUCUGCCUUUCUUGGGCUUCUUAGGUGUUAGAGGCUACUUUAGCUGCUGCCAGAGCAAGGUCCCUCUCUGUAGGUAGCACCAUAACAAAAUAGCUCAAAAUUGAUCCCACGUGAUUCUUUGUUCUGCAUCCUCAUCCAUGCACACACUGAAAUAUCUUCACUGAUCUUAGCAAUGGUGAUUCCAUUCACCUUCCAACUGCAGUUCAUGGGCUCGAGCAGCCACAGUUCAACCCCUUCUCCCCUUUGUGGCCUUUGCAACAGGGACUGAUGCCAUUACUUGGCUUUUUUUUAACCUUACUGAUAACUGGCAACUGCUUCCAAUCACAGUAAUUACACAGUGGUCUGUUAGUGAUAGAAUGUACUUCAGUGCUUUGGCUGCCCCUUUUCCUCCAUGCAGUCUGCAUAAUGUCACAUGGUGGCAACAGCAGCAGUGACUUGAUUGGUAAAGAAUGUUGAAGGGAGAAAAUCUGCACCAGGUUGAGCCUGCCUUCCUUGGACAGAACAUAUAGCACGUACAUGCCAUUGCACUUCUGUCUAAGUAUGUGUCUAUUCUGUGUCAAAUCCCAUGAGCUUCUGAAUGUGCUCUGUGCAUGCUGCCAUGCCAUGUAAGAGCUUCUCAUCCCUCAAAAAAAAAAUCUGAACUUCUUGGCUGUCUUUAGCAGAUGUCCAGUUCUAUAUUCAUCUGGCUGACUCCUGGGCAUUACUGAGAAACAUACAGUCUCCUUCUGUCCCCUAACUAUCUUCUGUGUGUGCUGCCAGCCAUACCAAAAGAGUGUGCCAUCUUGUGAAUAAAGACUUUUCUAUAAUAUAAGAAUCUGUACUGCUUCGCUACAGGGAUCCGCACACUCUAAAAGUGAUGCCCACUAUUAGAGAGUAGGUUGUCAUGACGCGGGUUUAUGUGGGACUGCAAUAUUUGCUCUUUAGCUCUGCAGAAGAAAAAUCCUGGUGUCUAACCUUUGCCAAAGCCAGGGGCCAGUGGAGAGAGGGAGGCUGCCUAUUCAGGGCUAGUGCUGCCUUGGGCCUCACCUUAAACUCACAGCCUGACUUAUUUAUUUUGGUUUUUAAAUUUAAAAAAAAAAACCAGAUGUGUCUGGCAUAAACAAUAAAGCCUGAUCUUCUGCUCAAA